AUGUGGGAGCCAAAACAAGGGAGGGCACAAACCACAACAAGCAACUCCAGUAUAUUUCACACAGGCCACAAAAAAAUUAAAGACAAAAUAGACGUGUUCAUAAAGAAGGGGGGUUCUGCUGGUUAUGGAGGGUAUCCUGGUGGGUACCUGAACCACAACCCCAACAACAGAGUCCUGAGCCCUCGUUAUGGCGGCAGCUUCGGUUACGGAGGCCGCAGUGUGAGGGGCGGCUCUCCGUAUUCCCAGUCAGUCCAGGCCAUGGGCGCGUAUCCCUCGGAUGAGUCCAGAGGGUUUGGGCCCGGGGCGGUGAUGGCGGCAGCUGGAGGGGCUAUGGCAGGAAUGGCCCUGGGCUACGGGCUGGGAAGGUUCCCCCGUCCCCAUUUCAGCUUCCACAGCCCCCAGGAGGAGUAUUACUACAACCACUACAUGUACAGGAAGUACGGAGUCAAAUCUACUGAUACCAAUGACUACAGCAGAGACUACAAGUACACGCAGCCCCCUAUGACCUACGGCAGCUUCAUGCAGUCCUGCAUGAGGAGAGACGACCUUCUGUCUGGACAGAAUCAAAAGUCAAACAAAGAGGACGUGACUUUCACACUUACAAACACAACUACAGCUGCUGCAGAUACCAACACAGGCAGCGACACGACAAAGUCCGACCGCACUGCAGCCGGGAUCUCAUCGACCUCUGCACUUUCAACCCUCCACAGCGUGAAUGAGUCUGAAUCCAGUCCUGUCAGAAAAGCUGCUGCCGAGGAGGAGGAUGAUGAUGAUGAUGAUGAUGAUGAUACAGUUAGCAUAGUGGUGAUUGGCUACCCAGCUCUCAUCACAGACCUAAAGGUCAGGAGAUGCAUUGGGCUGUACAUGGCCUACUGUGGAAAGUACCUGACGAGACAGAGGGAGGCAGCGGAGCCAGGAGCAGCACCGAGGCCGGAGUCCCUGAGAGGCCUGAUAGCUGUGGCCACCGGUGCCGCGCUGACGCUGCUCAACAGCAACGUGUUGAUCCAGCUGCACUGAGGCUUCACAGCAAUGAGUCGUCACUGGUUGAUGUAGCACUUCUGAAAUCAGCUUCACAACUGUCAGACACUGUUGGGUAAAAUCUUAAUAAAACGACCUAUUAGUGUCACUGAGGUGUCACCUGCUGGAAUGAUAGUAAAUGGUAGUUUUAUCUAAUACCUCUGCAUGCAAAUCCAUGCAACAACAUUGUUUGUGCCCUGUGUUAUUCAGCACAUUUAAUCGCGCUGGCAUCCUAAACCCAGAUUCUUCUGAGGCGUUAUCCUACGGGGACGCAGUUGUUUAAGCAGGUUUUACUCUAAAUUUUUGCAGUGCUUCACAUUUAAACCAUGGACAUUUGUUAUGGAGAUGAUAUUAGCAUUGACGCUCAGAUUCUAAACUGAA